CGCCUCAUCCCCGGCUCGCCCACGAUGCUCGCGACCGCCUCGCCGCACCUGCAGGCGGCGGCCGCGCGCCGCCUCUCUUUAGCGGUGCCCGUGAAUCAGGGCUGCAGCAGCGUCCGCCUCCCGCGCCGACGGCCCGGCCGGUACGCGUCGGUGCGCGCGGCGUCGGCGUCGGCGUCGGCGUCGGCUUCGGCGGCCGCCCCGCCAGCGAAGGAGGGGGCGGAGGACCUGGGGUUCCAGGAGAUGUCGUCCGGGACGCGGCGGCGGUACUACAUGCUCGGGGGCAAAGGUGGGGUCGGGAAGACGAGCUGCGCGGCGUCGCUGGCCGUGCGGUUCGCCAACAACGGCCACCCGACCCUCGUCGUCUCCACCGACCCCGCGCACUCGCUCAGCGAUUCCUUCGCACAGGAUUUGAGUGGUGGGACGCUCGUGCAGGUCGACGGCCCUGAUUCACCUCUGUUUGCGCUUGAGAUAAAUCCUGAGAAGGCCCGGGAGGAGUUUCGGACAGCAAAUCAAAAAAAUGGAGGGACUGGGGUAAAAGAUUUCAUGGAUAGCAUGGGCCUUGGUGUGCUUGCUGAGCAGCUUGGAGAGCUGAAAUUGGGGGAAUUGUUGGACACACCACCACCUGGCCUGGAUGAAGCAAUUGCAAUUUCUAAGGUUAUGCAAUUUCUCGAAGCACAAGAAUACAGCAUGUUUAGCCGCAUUGUAUUUGACACUGCCCCUACGGGCCAUACACUCCGGUUACUGUCCUUGCCAGAUUUCUUGGAUGCAUCCAUUGGGAAAAUCUUGAAGCUAAGGAGCCAGAUUGCUUCUGCAACAUCAGCUAUUAAAUCAGUAUUUGGACAAGAGGUCCAACAGCAGGAUGCAGCGAACAAAUUAGAGCAGCUCAGAGAAAGGAUGCUCAAAGUGCGAGAGCUUUUUCGCGACACGGAAUCAACAGAGUUUAUAAUUGUGACAAUCCCAACGGUGAUGGCAAUCAGUGAGUCAUCAAGACUUCAUUCUUCGCUGCAAAAGGAAAGUGUUCCUGUAAGGAGACUCAUUGUGAACCAAGUUCUUCCGCCAUCAACAUCUGACUGUAAAUUCUGUGCUAUAAAAAGAAAGGAUCAAACACGUGCACUGGAUAUGAUAAGGAGCGACCCAGAGUUGAUGGAUUUGAACAUCAUCCAAGCACCUCUUGUGGACAUGGAGAUUAGAGGUGUUCCGGCUCUCAAGUUUUUGGGUGAUAUAGUUUGGAAGUAACUUCAGUUGUGGGAAACAGUAUCAGUUAUAAGGGUGCUUAAUUGCCAAUAUCACUGUUAGCCUGCUGCACAAUUGCACUGCUCUGAACUAACAAUCUGUGGGCGCUUCUGGUAUAAGCUUGAGAAGUUGUUUGCAGCUCCUACAAUACAGGAACAUACCCCCGUACAUUAAAUCUGAGUAGAAAGCACCGAAUUGGAGGGUUUUGCUGCACGCCUGCACCUUCCUUUGAUGACCUGUUACUCUUGGCAGUGAUGUACUGAUGUCAGAUUGGAUUUAGCCCCAAAAAGGCUAAUUGAACUGAAAUGCUGUAAUGUUUAUCCGUUUAGACAUUAUCCCCAAGAUAGAUAGCAACACUUAUGGCCUCGACGACUCUGUAGAACUCUUCGUUUUUUCCAUAUGUGCCAUGUGAAUUUUGUACAAGAAAUGAAUUUUCUUUCUCCCUCACUGGUGCAGUUAUUCAGGAUAUUUAAGCUUUGGUUUUA